UUCUAUCCUGCUGGCAGCACUACCAGAAGCCCUAGCUAGCGACGACCUGCCUGGGAGCUUCAGAUCUCUACUGUAACAAUGACAUUCAAGAGAAGGAACGGCGGACGCAAUAAGCAUGGGCGUGGACAUGUUAAAUUCAUUCGAUGCUCCAACUGUGGUAAAUGCUGUCCCAAGGACAAGGCAAUCAAGAGGUUCCUUGUGAGGAACAUUGUUGAGCAAGCCGCUGUUAGGGAUGUUCAGGAAGCAUGUGUCUAUGAACAAUACACGCUCCCCAAGCUGUAUGUUAAGAUGCAGUAUUGUGUUUCCUGUGCUAUUCAUUCGCAUGUCGUGAGAGUUCGUUCUCGCACUGAUAGGAGGAACCGUGAGCCUCCACAGCGCUUCAUCAGGCGCAGGGAUGAUGCACCAAGACCUGGUCAACCUGGUCAAGCUCCUCGCCCUGCUGGAGUAGCUGCUGCUCGUACUUAAGCAAUUCUAGAAUCUUAGUUUUGGUGAACUCCAUGUGAGAAACUUAUUUCUGUAUGUUGCUUGAUUAUGCAAAUUUCAGUUUUGCUUGUUUUAGGGAUGCUUUGUCUUUUUAAAAAUGUCUGGCUUACGCUUGCAGAUACUUAUCCGACCCAUGAUUUGAUUUUGAUGAGCAUGAACCUAGAGAAAUUACAUAAAUUAUCUGAAGUUUUUCUCCGAUUCA